UCUUCAUCCCUUUAAUAAUUAUCUUCACUUAAAAGAGUAGCAAUUUGAUCAGUCACCAUUAUACAUCUGAUACAUUUUAUCCAUCCAAAGAAGCAACUCCACUACUAACAAGCCAAAUAUAUGCUUGGAUGUUGAUGAUGUAGGGUGUGGACAAUUGGUUGACAAGUGGCAAAAAAUUCCAAAAUAAUUUUAGUUUCUCCCCAUGCAUUUGUACCUAUAUAUCAUCACUAAGUCCCAUAUUUUAAACCAUCAUUUUUUUUGGCCACGGGCCACAACAAUACCACCAUAAAAUCCCCCUCCUCCAAAUUACACUCUCAUUGUAACAGAAAAAAAAAAAUCAAGAAAAUGAAUUGUCACAACUACUUAAAGUUGGUAAUUUUUGUUGUUUUUUUGACAUCCUGUCGAUUGUCUAUAGCAAAACAAACAAACCCCACCUUAGAUAUCUCCAAAUUGGACCAAUUCUUGAAUGCAAUCUAUGAAUGGAGGGCUAAUAAACAAGAAAAUGAGGGUCUAAAAUUUGGUUUUUCCACUGUAGUAGCAGGGGUAUUUUGUUUUUUGGCAGCUUCUAUAUCAAGUGCUGGAGGAAUUGGAGGUGGAGGAUUGUAUGUACCUAUUCUUACUAUAAUUGCAGGUGUAGACCUCAAAACAGCUUCAAGUUUUUCAGCAUUUAUGGUCACGGGUGGCUCUAUUGCAAAUGUUGUUUGUAACAUGUGCGUUACAAGCCCGAAAAAUGGUGGCAAGAUUAUCAUUGAUUUUGAUAUAGCAUUGCUCUCGGAGCCAUGCAUGUUGUUGGGUGUCAGUAUUGGUGUUAUAUGCAAUAAGGUCCUGCCAGAAUGGCUUAUCACUAUACUGUUUGCUGUGUUUCUUGGUUUUUGCACUUUCAAGACAUGUAAAUCAGGGUUCUUCUACUGGAAAUUGGAAUCAGAAUUGGAAAAUGAGAAUCAAGAAUUGGAAAAUGGGUUGAUGAAAAAUGAAAGUAGUGAUGAAACUGAGCCUUUGUUGGAGAAGGAAGCAAAGGGAAGAAUAACCAGCAGUAUUCCAUGGAUGAAAAUGGGGAUGUUGGUGAUGUUCUGGUUUUGUUUUUUUUUCCUCUAUCUUCUUCGUGGAAAUCAAUAUGGACAAGUAUGCCUACCUCUUUUUAUCGUCUUGUCUUCACUUCUUUUGGGGAUCAUUCCUAUGGAGGCAUGUGGAGUGGGAUACUGGAUCAUUUCAUCAGUUCAGUUUCCUUUGGCUAUCAUCUUUACAUCAUGGAUCUUGUAUAAUAGAGAAAGUCAGCAGAACAUGCCUUCCAAGAAACAGGAAGGAAGUAGUGAAACUAAACAUGGGCCUUCGGGGAAGCUCAUCUUCCCGAUAAUGGCACUACUAGCAGGGGUUCUAGGAGGCGUUUUUGGAAUUGGUGGUGGAAUGCUAAUUAGUCCCCUUUUAAUCCAAGUCGGAAUAUCUCCUGAAGUGACAGCAGCAACCUGUUCAUUCAUGGUGUUUUUCUCCUCUACCAUGUCAGCUGUGCAAUACCUAUUUCUAGGGAUGGAGCACGUGAACGAGGCCCUCAUCUUUGCAGUCAUAUGUUGUGUUGCCUCAAUCAUCGGAUUAGUAGUAGUUCAGAGAGCCAUAGAGCAUCAUGGGAGAGCAUCCCUCAUUGUAUUUUCUGUCGGCACAGUUAUGGCUUUAAGCACUGUUCUCAUGACUAGUUUUGGAGCUGUUGAUAUAUGGAGGGAUUACACCAAUGGAAAUUACAUGGGGUUCAAGCAGCCUUGCUGAGAAAGGAAAAAAAGGAAGCCUUAAGAGAUGGUCCAGUUCAAGGCAUUGUCCAACUUUUGCAUUUUUAUGCCCUAUAAAGAAUUAGAUGCUUCUUGGGAAGCUUUUGUCAACAGAAUCAUAGUAUUAGAGAACACGAGUUAACUAGGGCUAUGAAAUGUUUGUAACUUGGAUUAUGAGUUAAUCCAUGAGUACUACAAAUAUAUGUGUACUUCCGAUUGUUUUGUUCAAGCCAUGAUUGAUUAUCAUAUAACAAUAGCUUUUGCGACUA